AUGGCUACAUCCUUGUGCUCCGGACAGUAUGAACUAUCUCAGCCGCAACUUGACAACACCAAAGAGCUCAUUUACGUGAGGUUGACCGAUUCAGCAUUGCGAGCGAUUGAGGAGUUCCAACGGAAUAAACAUAAAACUGGCCUUAAACCCUCGAUUAAAAUCAUGCCCAAUGGAGAGGGAUGUCUUUCUUUCCCCGAUCACACAGAUGGUUCUCAACAGUUUAACUUCGCGAUUACCAAUUCAGAUGAACCGAUGGAGUGUAUUCAGCAAGGCCAAAAUGAGCAAAUCACCAGCGUUGGGCACAUUAAACAGAAGAUGAGAAUCAAGGCGAAUGACGAUGUCUACGAAACGACAAAGAACCGCAUGGCUGCUUUUGAAGAGGUGCAGAAAAACAAAUGUAUUCGUGAGAUCCGUCCAGAUCAAAAAGACAUUGGACGGAAGAUUAAAGUGAAAACGCCAGCUAUUCUGCCACCUUCAUCCUUACCCAAACCGCCAACAGCCGAAACUGUGAAAAAGAACGAAUCGUUAUCGAUGAACCAGAUCAGGAAGCCUCAAGUUUUGCAACCCAGGCCGGUGUUCCAGCAAACAAAUCAAGGACCACCAAAGCAGCAACAAACACAGCCCAAAGUUGAAAAACCAACUAAUGGACAGAAGCAGAAAGAAAAACGUCUCAUCACGGAAAUAAUGAAACGAACCAUAAGGGAGCGACUGAUUCACCUUCUUGCAGUGCGACCUUUCAAAAAACCGGAACUGGUUUUUAAAAUUCGGCAAGAUGGUGCCCGGAAACAAGAAUUGGAUUGUCUCCUGCAGGUUGUUAUGUCCAUCGCCAGCCUACGUGACAACGCAUAUCAUUUGAACCGAAACGCCUGGAACGAUGUCCGUGAGGAUUGGCCAUUCUACUCUGAACAGGAUCGACAACUGGUAAAGGCGCGAAAACCGCAAACUAUGGCACCUCCAGCUAGCAGCUCCGACAGUGGUUCAUCUUCCGAUAAAAGUCCAACUAAAAAAACCGGUGAUGAUAAAGCCCUGAUGAUCGGUUGCAAAAAACCUGCUGAAGCCGAAAACAGUGACUACGUUUUGCCAAACGCGAAAAGGGCUCGCGUCAGCCACUACAAGAAACCUAAUUGUUCAGACGCCAAAAAAGAAUCCAGCGGCAGUUCUAGCAUUCCGAAAUCGGAAGACAGUAGUGACAAUUCGGCUGAUUUCAAAAAACCGCUGAUGAUCCAAAAAAAUAGGAAAAGUGAGCCGAUUGUAAUCAAUAAAGCAAAGAGCAACACAAACAUCACAGCAACCACUAAAAAGCAACCCAACGACAAAAGGAAGAGUACUCCAUCGGCUAGCAACGAAUCGAAGAAAGCAGCAAAACCGGAUAGUUCAACGACAGAUUACACAAAACAGUUUACCAAGGUAACUACUCUAGUUGAGCGGCGUCGAUAUAAGGAAGCAUUCGAAAAACAGAUCAAAGAAUACAACACGUUACUGGGGAUCGUUAACGCAGUGACCCACAAAUUUGAUCAACUAGAACAAGAGAUGGAGCAACAAAAGAACAAUCCAAAGCGCCGCAACGAAAUAAAACAGCAAAUUCUGAACCAAUACAAGGAAAAUAUCGAGUGUGAGAAGUUCCAGAAAACUAAAUUGCAGCUCCAGUAUUUGCAUCAAAAGUUGUCACACAUCAAGAAGAUGGUGAGAGACUUUGAUCAGGAUUUUCGUUCCGGGGCAGCAGUUUGA